GCCCUCUGCCGAGCUCCUACCUCCUGCACCUCCUUCCCUUGAAGGAGCUGGAAGCGAAAGUCGGAAACGCGGACAUUUACUGUCUCUUUUACACCGUGACACAGUGCUGGACAGUAGACGGACAUUUUAAUAAGCAUAUUCCUUAUAACUAUAAGAAUCAAAGGGCAGCGUUUUAUCCUCGCAGCGACGGUUGUGGGGAAGUAAACUUUAGGAAUACGACUCAGAGAGAAAGACGAGUAUGUUUCAAAUUUUGGACUUGUUAUUUUUAAGCUGCUUCUUUCUGGCCGUUGAACCCCAACGAGACCAAGUCCUGCCACCACAAAAUGUGACCCUGGUGUGGAUUAAUGCGUUGAAAUUCAAGUUGUCCUGGGAACCCCCACAACACUCAAUGGAAAACUGCACAUAUAUAGGGACUUCAGAAAUCGCAACUCUCCAUAGUCUUGAACUAACGACGAUUGAGCCUCCACUGACCACCUGGUCCAAGUUCCGUGCGAUGGAAGGAGGACAGAUGAAUCUGACUCUUUACACUGUCUGUAAUGGCAAAGAAAGUGAGAAGGUUGUACGCCAAGUCUCACAACCAGAGCUGAUAAAGAAUUUGCAAUGCUACGUCUACGCCGACAAAAAAGCUAACUGUUCCUGGCUCCCAGCCAGUCCUGCUCUGGAUCUCAAGUUUUACUAUCUAUUAAGCAGUUGGGAUUCUAGUAGAUCUGUUGAUGAGUGCUUUUCGUACAAAGACACUGACGGCAUCAGGACUGGUUGUCAUCUAGAUGUGAGCUUCCAGGAUAACAUUUUCAUCAUAUUUAAUGGGACGCUGAACAACACACCUGCCUGGAACACCUUCAGCAGACGUCUUAAUGAUGAUGUGAGACCUCCUCCCCUUAUCUGGACAGUCACUAAAUCUGAUGGUAAACUCAAUAUUAGCUGGACUCCUCUUAACAUCCACGGACUUCAUUGGAAAUAUAUAAUAAAUUACCAUGAGUGUGAUGAACUAAAGACGAAAACCACUGAUGGUCCAGUUACAUCAGCUGUGGUGGAUGUGGUCCCUCACUGUCCGUACCGUAUUUGUGUUAAAGCAAAAUCUGAUGGAGGAGAGACACCGUGUGACAAGGAGAAGCUUUUUGAUGCAGAUGCAGAUCCUGCUGCGUGGGUGUAUGCUGCCAUUAUCAUCCCAUUGUUGUUUGCCUGCCUGGCAGUCCUGAUCAUUGUGUGUUGCAGGAAGAAUAAGGAAGUAAUUUUCCCCAAAAUACCAGAACCUCGGAACCUCCUCAGCGAUAUUUCUGACAACAACAAUAAGAUCACUGUUCGCAACCUGUACAUCCCGGCAGAGGAAGAAGAAAACUGUAAAAUCACACUGGUUCAUGAGCCCUAAAUCAGAAAUCUGGAUUUCUGACAUGUCUCUGUAGCGACAGAAACUUGAAUAUGCAACAACUGAAAGCCUCCAAAAACUCUUGUUGCACUGGCUCAACAAAAAAAAAUACAGACUUAAACUUUUUAUCUGAUGAAUUCAGGAAAUUCAUCAGCGAAAUGCCUAAAUGAAGAUGCAAAAAGAACAAAAACAAUGGCAGCUAUGGCAUUAAGAGACACGUUUGUGACUGAAGACUUACUGUACUUAUUGUUAUUUGGAAGGAGUCAUGCAGAACACUGAAAGACAUGGAACUCAAGGUUCUUAUCAACCCAAAUAUGUCAACACAUCAACAUUAAUACUCCAAACAAAGACUUCUUAUCGCCAUGACUCUAUUUGCAAGCACCAGCAGCACCUUAUUUAGAAAUAAAAUCAACCAGUUCUACAAAAUAAAAGAUAUACAGUACAACCAUUAGUCUACAUGAAGACAUUUUUAUCAAAGCAUUACAUUUGUUGUUGCACUGCCGCCACCACAAGCACCACUUUUGGGCAAUUUGUACAUCAUAUGUGUCCAGAGAGGUCCUAAAGCAAUAAAUGUUCAGAAAAUUAAUGUAUUAUUUUAGUGAUUAGCUGGCCGACUCAGAAUUACAUAACAAGCACUGCAUGAUUGCUCAGUAUCUCAAAAAAACAAAGUUCAGGGGACAAUGUGAAGUAAUUACUGAGGCCUUAGUCACUAUAUAAACAUUUCUGGGACAGAGAGCUGCCUUAAAGGAUCUCACCGAUUGGACUGUGCUGGGUGCAGUCACUUUUUUAAAAUAAGCUUUAAAUGAUCUGUUUCACCCUUGAUGUUUUUCACAGCGGGGCUUGAAGUUUCCAUCAGAGUAAUAGACCUUUUUGACAGCAGACAUUUCGACACGUCACAGCAGGAAAAGCAGAAAUUUAAUAUCCUAAAUGAUGCUAUAAUAGAAUAAUACUCCCCUAAGGACUAAGGGUGUGGCGUUAGACCAGUCUGUUUUUGAAAUAUCAAUUCAAUGCUCAUUGAUGAAAAGUGAAAAUAUUGAUUUUCUUGAUAAAAUGUGCCUUUAUUUUGAAAUUGCACCUGAAUGUAUCUGUGCAAUAUGCAUUUUGUACAUGUAUUAUGUUUGUUCAAAGAAUCUAGAAUUACAAAAGCAUUGUAAUGACACUUUUUUUCCGAUUUACACCUCUACUUAGAACAGGAUAAUAGUGACACACUAAACCCUUGUCUACUUCCUGUCAUGGUUGACCAGGGUAUGCCCUGACUUCUGUAAUUUUCUUUUUUUUUCAUGCUUUCAGAGAAGCUCUGAGCUGUUUGUAGAGCUGUAAA